AUGGAAAGAGCAGAAGAAACCCCAUUGGGUUUAUUCAAGGUCUGUGGAAUCCAUUGUGAGAAAGGAGGUGGCUCAGGAUGGGAGAGAGAGAUUGAUAUUCAGGGUGCUUCCCAGGUGUCCUUUCAGGAUGGGGAGAUGAACCUCAGUGGACCCACAGAACUUUUGUUGGCUCAGAGGGCCCGGCUCCCUGUCAGUGAAAUUACAAGAACAGUGGAGAUUUCUGGGGAAGGUGGACCCUUGGGAAUACAUGUAGUGCCCUUUUUUUCAUCUUUGAGUGGAAGGAUGCUGGGACUCUUCAUCCGUGGUAUCGAAGAAAACAGCAGAUCUAGGCGUGAUGGGCUUUUCCAUGAAAAUGAAUGCAUUGUGAAGAUUAACCACGUGGACCUUGCAGAUAAAACCUUUGCACAGGCUCAGGACAUCUUCCGUCAGGCAAUGAAACUUCAAAGUGUCAUCUUGGAAGUCCUUCCUCCAUAUAAUCGAGAACAAUAUGAGAAGUCUGCUAUUGCUCCCCUUUGUUUUCUGGAUAACGAAGAAGGAGUUGCAAAAACAAAGAUUCCACCUCCUGUUCAUCCAAAACCUGCUCUGAAAACAAUUAAUCUUUCUGGAGCAAGCAGCUUGGAGUCAGGUGUACAGACAACACUACAACAAGCUAAAAGCCCCAACCUCCCACGUCUGGGUAGAAAGUCGUCUUCUCCCUCACUGUCCCCUCUUAUGGGCUUUGGCAAUAAAAAAAAUGCAAAGAAAAUAAAGAUAGACCUGAAAAAAGGUCCAGAAGGACUUGGUUUCACUGUGGUUACCAGAGACUCUUCGGUACAUGGUCCUGGUCCAAUUUUUGUGAAGAAUAUUUUACCAAAAGGUGCAGCAGUAAAAGAUGGUCGUUUGCAGUCAGGAGACAGAAUCCUGGAGGUGAAUGGACGGGACAUCACUGGCAGGACCCAGGAAGAACUCGUAGCCAUGCUGAGGAGCACAAAGCAAGGGGAAACUGUCUGUCUGAUUGUGGCUCGUCAGGAGGAGGCCUUUCUACCUCGAGAGCUGAAAGGAGAGCCAAACUGCAGUAUUCUUUCUCCAGAAACCACAGAGCAGCUGACCUUUGAGAUUCCUCUGAAUGAUUCUGGCUCUGCUGGACUUGGUGUGAGCUUAAAAGGCAACAAAUCUCGGGAAAGUGGAGCUGAUCUUGGGAUUUUCAUCAAAUCUGUUAUUCAUGGAGGUGCUGCUUUUAAGGAUGGUCGUUUGCGAGUAAAUGAUCAGCUUGUUGCAGUAAAUGGGGAGUCACUUCUGGGCAAGUCAAAUCAUGAGGCUAUGGAAACACUGAGGCGCUCCAUGUCCAUGGAGGGGAACCUUCGUGGGAGGAUCCAGCUGGUAGUUCUCCGGAGACUAGAGGUGCAGACAGAGGAACGCUCAGACCAGGGAGUCUUUCAAAAAUCAGCCUUUGAUGGGAGCCAUAACUUCGCAGCUGCUUCCCGACGCAAUGAUACUAUUCUUCAGCAAUUUGUAACGUGUGGUCCUCAGGAAACAAUAAAAG